CUACAGUGGCCAAAAGUAUUUGAAAGUAGACAUAACUGAUCUCAAAUGCAGAAUUUGUUGCACGCCUUGUGAUAAUUUGGAUGACGUCGCAAACAUAUUCGCGAUGUACACGGGAUUACAAAUUUUGAGCCGGACACGGAAAUCGGGAUGCACCCGUACCGUUUGUUCAGCGAUAAAUGGGUCUGCGCUCUGUGUGCUAAGAAGUUCGCAACUAUCAUACAGCUGUGCAGACACACGAGCUUGCACUACCACAAGUACAAUUGCGACGUUUGCGGCCGCACGUAUUUGAACAACAAAGCGUUGAAGUAUCACAUGCGCUGCAGUCAUUCAGGGGGUCACACGUGUAGGAAGUGUUGGACCGACUUCCCGACGUUUGAAUUGAAGAGGGAGCACCUGAAGGCGUCUAUAGAGUGCUGGCCGUUGUGUUGUGUGCUGUGCGGGGAGAGGUUCAUUUCCGCGGAAAUGCGACAGACGCAUCUCACCGAAGUGCACGGACAGGAAAGGAAAGUGUACGACUGUCCGGACUGCGAGCUCGUCUUCAAGUCUCGCAUUCCAUUCUUCAAUCACUACACGCUGGUCCACAGCGAUAACAGCCACAAAUGUCCGUACUGCCAUCUGAAGUUCACCACGAAGAAGCAGAUGGAGAGGCACACGUUCACCCACACUGGCAAGAAGCCGUUCAGUUGCAGUGUGUGUUCGAAGACUUUCGCGAGGAGGCAGAAUUUGAAACAGCACGGCUGGACCCACAGUGAGACGAAACGUUUCGCCUGCGAGAUAUGCGACAAGCAAUUCGCUCACAAAAUCAGCCUCAACGGUCACAUGAAGUCCAAUCACCCAGAGAUGGCGGCCGAUGAUGCAUUUUAACUUUUUCUCGUAUCGAUAUUCUUGUCGGAGCCAUUUGAUUUUGUUUUUAAGAUUCUACAAUCACUACACUCUAUAUUCUCAAUAAAGUAUAUAAUGCAAAUACA